UUUCCCCAGGCCCUGAUGAUGAGUUUCUCAAAUGGCUCAAAGUACAACACUGUGUUUACUGAAAUACACUUUUGCUAUGAGUCUCUGAGUGGAUCAUGUGAAAAGUUAGUUCAACCCCUGAUAAUGCAGUUCCUCAUGUUCUUGUUCAUGGCCUCGACCAUACUGGUAACAAUGAGUGGGAACCUUCUGGUCAUUACCUCCAUAGCACACUUUAAGCAGCUGCACACAUCCACAAACUAUCUCAUCCUCUCGCUGGCAGUGUGCGACUUCCUGCUGGGAGUGUUUGUGAUGCCCUGCAGUGCAGUACGCUCUGUCCUGGGCUGUUGGUACCUGGGUGACUUUGUAUGCCAGCUCCACACCAGCACUGAUAUCAUGCUGAGCACCUCCUCAAUCUUCCACCUGUCAUUCAUCUCCAUUGACCGUUACUUUGCUGUGUGUAACCCACUGAUGUACAGGUCCAUCAUCAACUCAGUCACUAUCAUCAUUAUGCUAACUACUAGCUGGGUGAUCCCUGCCAUAUUUGCCUUUGGGAUGAUCUUCUCUGAGCUCAAUGUAAGAGGCAGUGAGGAGUUCUUUGAAGAACAUGUGAAGUGUAUUGGAGGCUGCCCAGUGUUCUUCAGCCGAGCCUCAGCAGCGGUUGCCUCAACGUUAUCCUUCUUCAUUCCCGGCCUAAUCAUAUUGUGCAUUUACCUUAAAAUCUACCUGGUCGCCAGAAGACAGGCUAGGGCCAUUAAACAGCUGACAAAACAGCUUGACACGGACACAGCAAAUGAGUCCAGCAUAUCUAGACGAGAAAGAAAAGGAGCAAAAACCCUUGCGAUUGUGGUCGGAGUCUUCCUCACCUGCUGGACACCCUUUUUCCUGUGUAACAUCAUUGACCCCUUCAUUGGCUACUCUAUUCCUCCAGUGUUAAUUGAUGCUCUGGUUUGGUUUGGUUACUUAAAUUCAGCUUGUAAUCCUGUGGUUUAUGCCUUCUUUUACAGUUGGUUCAGGAAAGCUUUGAAAAUGAUCAUUUGUGAUAAUAGAUCAAAUAGGAUUUCUUCUCAGAUGCAGUUGUACCCCGAAUGA